ACGAAAAAUGUCAAAUGUCACCUUUCACGACCCUGUGUUUUUACUGUUUUGUGUAAAUGAGAAAUGAGGUUAUAAAAUUAUACGUACAUGUGUUGUAAUUUUGAAUGUUUUUGCAUUUUUAUUGAAUUUAAAUACAUAUGAAUUAUUUAAAAUGGGAGACAUUGAAAACACUCUUUAUGAAUAUCUUCUAGUUGUUAAACAACCGUCAAAAAUCAAUACAGAAAAUCUGGAAAAUGGUGCCGACAACGAAGAUUUCAAUGUAUAUUUAACAUCUGAAGAAAAUUGGAAAGUAUUUCUGGACAUUCUGGACAACUCAUUUGAUAGUGUGCAACUGAAAACGCAUUUCAAUAAUUUAGAAGAAAAUGAAAGAAUCAAAGUUCUAAAAUUUGGUGUAGCUUGCAUUGUUAGCUUUGUACAGUGUAAUUUUACAGGGCCUAAUUUACCCAAAGAAGUGGAAGAUAUGUUGAAUAAAGACACCCAUAAUAAAAUAAAUUUUUCAAAGUUACUAGCUGUUAAUAAUGAGGAUAUAAAUGUUAAUACCAGAUACCCAAUUCUUUUGGUUACUGCCAAAAUUAUCUUCGAAUAUUGUAAUGUAGAUAAUUUGAUAAAUAACUGGUGGUAUUGGAGGUCUAUUUUAGUGCAUCAAGAAAUUUUAGAAGAACUUAGUCCAUCUCUGUUGUCAGAUGCUGAUCGUCUAUAUAAACAUUUUCAACUAAUUCCAGACCUAAAUGGGAAUAUUAAAGCAACUCUUGACAUUGAAGUAGCACAACUUUAUUUGCUAUUUAGAAAUGUAUCCAAAGCAAAAGAACACAUUCUAUCUGCCAUAAAAAUUUUAGGACUCCACUAUGAUCUUGUAGGAGCUUUAGGAAAAAGGACCAAAUAUCAAGAGAAGGAGCUAGCUCAGUUAGCUUUGAAGGUAACUCUUGAAGAAAAAGACAUUGAAAGAGUUGAAGCAGAUGAUAGCGAUCUUCCAAAAGACAUCCCAAUCAACGACGAUGUUCGUCUGAAUACCAUAGAAUUUUCAGAAGACUUGGGCGAAAAAUGCAAACUGGGAAUAUUAGAACAAAAGCUUUUCGUUACUAUCAUCAAAGAUAUGCUAAUAUCAAAGCCUCAGGAUGAGCUCCAAAUUGAAGAAAUAAUGCCCUUUAUUGAUACAAUUUUAAACCAAAAAAACACAUAUGCUGUAACAGUCGUUACAUUGUUGUUGCGAUGUAAAUUAGAGAGUAAAAGUCGAAGAACAAUAGAGAGAUCAUUAAGUCAAAGUGAAGAGAUUAUCAGUAGCUUAAAAAGGGAGAAUCCUUCAGCUUUGAAUAGAGUAUGUGAUGUUUUUGGUACAGGUAUGCCUCCUAUUUGGAAAAUAGAGACCCAGUAUGCAGAUUUGCUGUUGAAUAUUGGUCUGGUUAAGAUUGCUCUUGAUAUUUAUUUGAAAAUUAAACUUUGGGAAGAAGUUAUUGUUUGUUAUACUAUUUUAAAGUUAAGGCAUAAAGCUGCUGAGAUUAUACGGGAACAACUCAAAGUUAAAUCUACUGUCAAGUUGUGGUGUUUGCUUGGUGAUGCUACAGAUGAUAUUUCAUGUUAUGAAAAGGCUUGGGAAAUGUCCAAAAAGCGCAGCCAUAGAGCCCAAAGGCAUUGGGGUCAGUUUCUUUUUGUCCGCAAACAAUAUGAAGAAUGCAUUCCACAUUUUGAAAAAUCCUUGAGUAUCAAUCCAUUGCAGGCCAAUAUUUGGUUUCGGUUGGGCUAUGCAGCUCUCCAAACUGAGAAUUGGCAGACAGCAGCUACAGCCUAUAGGCGCUACACAACUCUAGAACCUGAAGCAUUUGAAGCGUGGAAUAAUUUGGCUCAAGCUUACAUUAAGAUUGGAAAUAAGAGAAAUGCACAUCAGGCUAUAUUAGAGGCUUUGAAAUGUAACUUUGACAAUUGGAAAGUUUGGGAAAAUUUGCUUGUCAUUAGCUGUGACAUUUCUAAUUUUGGAGAUGUUAUCAGGUCAUAUCAUAGCUUACUAGAUCUUAAAGAGAAGUACCUAAAUGUUGAAGUAUUGAACGUUCUGGUCUACAAUGUAUGUAAUGAUAUAAAUGAUUGUGAGGGACAGCCGUCUCAACGAUUUUUACAAAAAACAAGAGAAUUGUUAGGAAGAGUUACAGCAAUAUAUCCUAGCGAAGGUUAUGUUUGGGAGUUAUAUGCCAACUUGGCUCCAGCUAUUCUUUUGAAAGCUCAAAGGUUGCAAAGAGCCUACAGGGGCUACACACAAGGUGCCUGGGACAAAAAUCCAACCACCUGCCAGCAGAUGUUGUAUGUUUGUAUCAAACUAGCAGAAAUUGUACUGGAUAAUGAAAUUGAUCCAAAAGACUCUCUUAUCAAUUCCAUUCGAUUAAAUUUGAGCUCUGCAAUUGCCGCUAUAAAGAAACAAGAUUGGGAGGAGACACGUGAUUUAGUUGAACAAGUUUCUGGACAUUUAGAAAAAAUUAUAGAGAAGAUUAAAAGUGACACUAGCAAAGUUGCUAAUUGAAUUAGGUUAAGUUUUUCCAAUUUGUUUAUUAAAUAUUUUUAAAAAGAUCUCUU